CUCUAGUAUUGCGUAUAGCGCCCUCUAUAAAGUGUGCACUUUCUAUAAAGAUGUCUGCGCCCAUAGAUAAAAAUCCGUCUUUUUAGUUAACGGGGUCUCUGAAGAUUUCUGUAAUGAAGCAUUUUGUAGUUGUAGCAUCCCGUAACAUGCUCCUCGCUCGUAAUUCAGUCAUUGGCUUGCGCCAUGCAUCAUCCUCAGCGGGGCUCAGCACCGAGCAACUCAUAGACCGCAUCAUUCGUGUUGACCAUGCAGGGGAGCUUGGAGCUGAUCGGAUAUAUGCUGGACAGAUGGCUGUCCUUGGUAAAACUGAUGUUGGUCCAGUUAUACAAGAGAUGUGGGAUCAGGAGAAGGAGCAUUUAGCUACUUUUGAAAAACUUAUACCAGAGAAUCGAGUCAGGCCAACAGCUCUCCUGCCAUUUUGGAAUGUUGCUGGGUUUGCUUUAGGAGCUGGGUCUGCACUUCUAGGCAAAGAGGGUGCUAUGGCUUGUACUGUAGCGGUGGAAUCCGUGAUUGGUGAACAUUACAAUGAUCAAAUAAGACAAUUGUUAGAAGAUGACCCCAAGAAGCAUGAGGAACUGUUAGAGAUUUUGAAGAAGUUUCGUGACGAUGAGAUGCAUCACCAUGACACUGGACUUGCCAAUGAUGCAGAGAAGGCUCCGUUUUACUCAGGAUUAACUGAAGUUAUAAAGGUCGGCUGCAGGGCAGCUGUAUGGGUGGCUGAACGGGUGUAGAAGAUAAUUAUGGAAAUGGUUUUUGAUGGCGUAGGUUACGUGCAGCAUUCAUUCAGACAAUCAGCAGCAACCUCUGUAUCGACGGGCUCCAAUCAAAUGAUAGAAAGCCCUGGAUGUUUAUAUUUUACUUU